CAGUAUAACAGCCGAGCCGUCGCGCAGUAGACGCGUCGUCUUUACGUACACCUCAGGCUGUGCAGCAGCCCACUACUGUGCGCGCAGCGAUAUAUAUAUAUAUACGAUAUUAUAUAUAUGUAUAGAUACUCACUCAAAGCUCGUGCAUCGAUAUAUACGUAAAGGUGCACACGCACAAAAACGAACGAACGAACGAACGACCGACGCAUACCUGUGCGCUCGCGAUCGCGUUUCGCGUAGUAAAGUGAGAGAGAUACGCGGAUCUCUCUCGAGAGAGACAGUGCAAAGAGAGAGAGAGAAGAAGCGUUUGUGCGAAUUCGGAACUGGCGAAUUCCUAUAAUACGAUUGGACCCGCAGUUGGACUGUGCACGCGCAAUAAUAAUAAGUGUGUCGGUGUUGUGCUGUGUGUGUUGGUGUGUUGGUGCGGAGUGAGCACUGCAUACAUCAUAAGUGAAUAAGUCGGUGCUGGCUGGCUGCUGUGCACUGUGCACUCCGUGUGUCUGUGUGCAAAAAGUGUGUGUGUGCGUGCGUGCGUGCGUGCGUAUAUGCGUGUGUAAGUGUGUGCCCCCCCGCCACCGCCGUCGCCGCAACCGCUGAAAGGGUGCACCGAAAUUUCUAUACGCCAAGUGUGUGCUCGUGUGCGUGUGAGACCCUUUACUCACCCGCGUCAUUAAACAAGUGCUAAAAAGAAAGAGCCGUGCCAACUGUAUACGCGCUCUCUCUCGUACCUGUUCUAAACUUCCAUAUAUAUAUAAAAAUAAUAAAAUACUGAAAAGGUAUUUUGCGCCGCGCAUGCGACGAAGAGAAGAAGCGAGCGAGAGGUGAACGCGUAAAAAGCUUGUGUUCAGCUCGCUAUAUAGUGCAAAUAUUAUAUCGUAAAAGAGUGCGUAGGACUACUUCGGGCGACGCCGAAUAAUAAAUAUCAUCGUCGUCAUCAUGUCGCGUUCCUCGACAGCGGCUGGCCGUCGUCUCAUGGCCGUGAUCUGCUCCUUGCUCGUCCUCGGCCUCGCCAACGCCGACUCCGCUCAAGCUGCGCCGCGCCUGGACCUGGAAAAUCUCGAGUCGGGCUAUCAUGGCCUGGUCAAGGAGAACGAGACCCUGGUGGAGGUCACGCCGCAGAUACGCGCCCUCGGCGCCAAGGUCUGCAGCUUCCGGAUCGCCAACAAGCACCACGGCGACGCCCCCUUCGAGAUCGUCGUCAAGGAGAACGGCCGCGCGGAGCUGCGCGCCCUGCGCGUGCUCAACUGCGAGAAGCGGCGCAACUACAAGUUCGACAUAUCCGCCGUGGCCUGCAACGGCGCGCAAUCCGAAAACGCCAGCGUGCACAUCACCGUGGUCGACGUGAACGAGUACGCCCCGCAAUUCCUCCAGCCCGCCUACGUCUCCACCGUGGACGAGGGCCGCCUCUACGAGGAGAUCGUGCGGGUCGAGGCGUCGGAUCGCGACUGCACGCCGAAAUUCGGCGACGUCUGCAAGUACGAGAUACUGACGGCCGAUCAGCCCUUCGUGAUCGACAACGAGGGCGCCAUACGUAACACCGAGCCGCUGGACUACGAGCGCUCGCACAAUUACAUACUCAGCGUGGUGGCCUACGACUGCGGCAUGAAGCAGUCGGCGCCGGCCAUGGUUACCAUCAAGGUGAACCGAGUCUGCUCGCCGGGCUGGCGCGGCGUGCCCGAGCGCGUCGAUUACGCGGCCGGCGUCGAGGCCCAGCCCGUCCUACCCUCGGCCCGUCUCGAGCUCUGCGACGCCCCGUGCAGUCUGCGCAGUCUCAGGGCCACCCUGACCCUGGCCACCGAUCACAUCGGCAAGGGCUGCGAUCGCGACACCUACACGGUCCGGAGCCAGCGACGUCUGUGCGGCGCAGCCAGGGACAGCAUCGAUCUGCUGCCGACCCCGGGACCUCUGACCCCGUGGACGGCUGGUCUGUCGCGCGACGAGGGCCGCGAGUCCGACGAGAUCUUCGAGUUCGACGGCGCCAACAGCGCCGCCAUCGUGCCCGACGACGUGCUCGAGCACAAUCUCGCCCAGAAGUUCAGCAUCGGCGUCUGGGUGAAGCACAGGCCGAGGCCCAGGCAGGAUCCCCACGUGAAGGAGCACAUCCUCUGCGCCGCCGAUGAUCACAAAAUGAACCGCCACCACUACGCCCUGUUCAUCCGCAACUGUCGCCUCAUCCUCCUCCUGCGUCGCGACUUCUCCGAGGGCGAUCCCGACAUGUUCCGGCCGGCCGAGUGGCGCUGGAAGCUGCCCCAGGUCUGCGACGAUCGCUGGCAUCACUACGGCGUCCAGGUCAACUUCCCGCGCGUCAGUCUGUACGUGGACGGCGACGAGUGGCGCGCCGACAAGAUGAACCCGGAGAUCAUCGACGACUGGCCGCUGCACCCGGCCAAGGGCAUCAACACCUCGCUGGUGGUGGGCGCCUGCUGGCAGGGCUCCGACAACAAGACUCGCCAUCACUUCCGCGGCUACAUGGCUGGCUUGUCGGUCCUCGUGGGACGCAACGAGAAGCCCGACGUGCUGGGCUGUCUGCGGCGCUGCCAGGAGGGCAUCCACGUGCCCCCCAUGGAUCUGCUCCAGCCGGGCACGGAGCUACUGACCAACUCGGACCUGACCGAGCUGCGCAUCGAGGGCGACAACAAGACCAACGUCGAGACGCUGCUGCGUCGCAUCGGCUACAGCAAUUCCAGGCGCUUCCCCACCCCGGGUCGUCGCAACUUCAAGCUCGACACGACCAUCGUCUGCGAGGGCAGGGAGGACCGGCCGCUCACCGUGCCCGCUGUCCAGUCCUACGUGUUCGUGCUGCCGCCGCCACGUCCCGGCAUCACCGUCAACGGCACGAGCUACGUGGCGCGCGAGUACUCGGACUUCCGCGUGGGCGUGCGCGUCUUCCCCGACGCCAAGGUGACCGCGGGCAGCGCCGCGCGCCUCGACGCCUGCGCCGUCUCCGUCUAUCCGAGCCUCAAUCCGGACCACGAGACUCUGAGUCUGCCCGGCGACACUCUGCGCCGCUUCCACUCGAUAAGCGCCCGCGUGGAUCGCGACGGCGUCGUGCUCUCGGGCGCCGACACGCCGCACAACUAUCAGCAGAUCAUACGCUUCAUCACCUACACGAAUCGCAAGCCGGCCUACUAUCUCGAUCGCGUGUUCAAGCUCACCUGCUCGGAGCUCAGCGGACGCUUCGCCAGCAACGAGUACAUACAGACGCUGGCGGUGAUCCACCCCAAGGAGAAGUCCACGACGGUCCUGCCGGCUGCGUCGUCGGCUCAGCCGGUGCAGAAACAUCACGAGCAGCAACAACACGCGGCUGCUGCGUCCGGACACACGGGUAACGACAUCCCGUUGACGCACGUGCCGCUGGAGCCGCAGCCGGGCCACGCCAUGCUGUCGCCGCAUCACGCCGAGCUCAGCGCCGAGGAGUACGCGACGACGCAGCUGCGUAACGGCCUCGACGGCGGCGAGCACGUAGCCACCACAGGGGGCAGUCACGCCGUGUCCGUGGUGGCCGUGUGCUGCAUCGGUUUCCUCGCGAUCAUGGUGGUGAUCGGCGCGAUACGCGUGCGCGGCGCCAACAAGAGACGUCGCGCCGCCGGCGAGGAGCUCGCCGCCGAGACCGAGAUGGCCUGGGACGACUCGGCGCUGGCCAUCACCGUCAACCCGAUGGACAGGCUGAACGAGGCCGAGGCCGGCACAAGCCGAGGAGGACACCACGCCGCUGGUGGACACAACAACGACGACCUGGACGACUCGGCGAGCAGCGACAGCGAGGACGGCUCCUACAGGGACGACGAGCUCGACAGCUCGGACUGCGACAACGACUGCGACCUCGGCGGCGGCCGGCGUCACGGAAGAAACUCGCCGGAUUACGAGUGGGACCAUCCGAACGUUUAAGGAGAGAGUGAGAGAGAUGGAGCUGCCACGGGGACAUGAAAAUGGACACGAUUCGGCUGGCGUUAAUUUAUCAUUAAGGCAUUAUGGAGCUUCGCUAUGCAAAUCAUCUACUUGAAACGAGACAAAGGAGCCGUGAAAUCUAAAUGGAUCAAUUGCGUAGAGCUACACAGCAGCCAUGAUGUCUGGAAAAAUAAUUUUAAGCUAUUCUUUUCUAGCUAAGAGAACAAAAUUACAAAAUUGAAGAAUCGUUGAUAUAAGUUUGCCCCGAGAAUUUUGCAUGGCGUGAAUUUCGCAAAACACUCGCUCUUGCAGAUUCAUGCCAUACACGUCUGCCCCGCAAACACACAAAAAUAUAAGUGACACUUUGUAUCACGCCUCUCCCCCAAAACCAUAUGUAUAGGAUAUCUUCGAACAAAGUUAAAAAUAAAAAUGCUCCGCUUCGCGUUUAUAUAGCUUCAAUAAACGAAACGACCGAAUACUAAUAAAAACUGUACAUUCUCUCGUAUCGGUUCGAUUGGGAGUAUCAUCUAAUUAAUGUAUCCGUCCCCUUUAGAUUGAUUUUAAUAAAAUACAAAGCUAUUGUAAUGAUAUAUAUAUACCUGAGACAUCGGCGUGUCCGAAAUCGUAAUUUAUGUGCAUGGAUGAAUAGGAUAAAAAAAAAGAGAAAGAUAAGAAAAAAAAAAUUAUGCGACGGAUUGUGUAAGAGUGCGGGACACGCUUAAUCAGCUUUUGGCUUCAACCCGAGCCAUAGACGAGUACGACGAGCCGAAAACGCUUCUUUCUGCGCAAACAAAACGUACUCGGCGUUGUAAAUCGCAGCGAUGAUCCUCGAGGUAUAAAUAUAUUUACUAAAUAUCAUAAUGUAUUCUACGAUAGUAUUUUCUCACUCUUACACUGAUUCACACGCAUAAAAAUAUCGAACGUGAGCCGUGCAGGCACAUUCCUACUUUUGGAUGCGAAAAAUAAAAGCCAUUAAAUGUAAUACGGGAAAAUAUAAUGUGGGAGUACGCGAACGAAAUUUUUUAAUGUUAAAUAAUAUGCUUGCAAAGUUUAUAUUAGUGCAGAAAAUAAGAUGAACUGAGAUUGCGUCAGAAAAACUAAUUAUAAAAUUAAAAAAAAAAAAAA